CUCACAUUCAUUUCAAGUCCCUCACCAAUAUCAUUUUUGGGAUUAUAUUCAUUUUAUCUAAUGCUCACAUAUCCCACACAAACACAAUCUCCAUUGAUUGUAGAUCCUUUAAAAUCACAACCAAUACAGGCAAACUACCCAAUGUUACUUCUCACUUCUCACAAUUGCUGAUAUCUCGACAUGGUGAACCAACACUUUUGCUGGAAAAUGGGUCAAGCUAUUGCUUUCUUUGUCUAUCUCUCCCUCCUUGUUCUCUCGUGUGCUGAAAUUUCAAACAAGAUUGGCAUCAAUUAUGGUCAGUUGGGGAACAAUCUGCCAUCUCCAUAUCAAUCCAUUCACCUCAUCAAAUCCAUUAAAGCAGGCCAAGUAAAAAUCUAUGACUCCAAUCCUGAAAUCCUGAAACUCCUUUCAGGAACCAAUCUCAAAGUCUCCAUUAUGGUUCAAAACCAUGAAAUUAUCAACAUUUCUUCUAGCCAAAGUUCAGCAGACGAAUGGGUCCAAAACAAUGUCCUCGCGUUCUAUCCUGAAACCAUGAUCCGAUUUAUCCUCGUUGGCAAUGAAAUCCUCAGUUAUUCCUCUCCACAAGAUCAACAAAUUUGGCAUAAUCUAGUACCUGCCAUGCACAGAAUCAAGAAUUCUCUCAACACUCUGAAUAUUCACAACAUUAAAGUUGGUACCCCUUUGGCCAUGGACAUACUGCAAACUACUUUUCCUCCAUCAAGUGGAAAAUUUCGGCCUGAUAUUUCAAAUUUAGUGAUGGUUCCAUUGCUACAAUUCUUGAACCACACAAAAUCCUUUUUCUUCAUUGAUGUUUACCCUUAUUUUUCCUGGUCUACAAACUGGACCAACAGUAGCCUUGAUUUUGCUCUUUUCAGGGCGACAACAAACUAUACUGACCCAAAAUCUGGCCUAGUUUACACAAAUCUCCUAGACCAAAUGCUUGAUUCAGUCAUUUUCGCAGUCAGAAAAAUCGGCUUCUCAAAUAUCCCAAUAAUAAUAUCUGAAACUGGGUGGCCUAACAAUGGUGAUAUAGGGCAAGUAGGAGCCAAUAUUUACAAUGCAGCUACUUACAACCGAAACCUCAUCAAGAAAAUGACUACUAAGCCAGCUUUAGGGACGCCUGCUCGACCCGGAGUAGUGAUUCCAACAUUCGUUUUUUCACUUUUCGAAGAGAACCAGAAGACUGGACCAGGGAUAGAGAGGCACUGGGGGUUAAUCUAUUCGGAUGGUACACCUAUAUAUGAAAUUGAUCUAACGGGAAAGCGGGAAUUAUCUGAUUACAAGCCACUGCCGACACCGCGUAAUAAUGAGCCGUACAAGGGCGAAGUAUGGUGUGUGGCAGCUGAAGGGGCGGAGCUCAUGAACCUGAGCACAGCUUUAACAUAUGCAUGCAGUCAGGGAAAUAAGACAUGCGAUGCUUUGGCGCCGGGAAAAGAGUGUUACGAGCCAUUAUCUGUGUUUUGGCAUGCUAGUUUUGCUUUUAGUUCAUAUUGGGCGCAAUUUAGGAGCAUGGGUGCCACUUGCUACUUCAAUGGGCUGGCCCAACAAACUACGACAAACCCAAGUCGUGGCAGUUGCAAGUUUCCAAGCGUUACGCUUUAAGAUGGCAAGGAAUUAGGUUGACUAUCAGAAAUAAGGAGCCGAUUUACAUAGAAAAUGACAAAAAGUUUCUAUUUUUUAUUUUUCUCUGUUGUUAUUUUUCCAUAGGGUACGUGUAAAAUGAUCCAAUAGACGUCAAGAAGAUAAAAUUGUCCCUCAUUUUGUAUUUUUGAAUUUUUACUCUUUUACCUUGUACGAGAUUUCAUUUAUAUCCAAAUUUGUGCUUCUUUCUUUUUA